AUGUACGACGGUGUGGGGCAACUGAGGUCGUUGAUUCUGAAGUUGAAUCAUACGCAACAAGCGGCCUUGCUUGACCGUCUCUUCUCUUUGGCAAGAGAUGAUACAGCGGACAUUGAUCUGUCUCCUCCGGUGGUUAGGGUAGUAUGGGUUCUGCUUGGGAUAUCGACAGUCGUGGUCACCACCCGACUCACAAUCAAGUACCGGACGACUCGACGACUUUAUCUCGACGAUGGACUCAUGGCUCUUGCCUUGUUGCUUGCUUGGAUUCAUGCUAUCUUCUUGCAAAUUUCGUUCUGCAAUGGUCUCGGUCGUCAUGUCUUCUACCUCGAGGGUCACAACAGAUAUCUUGCUCUCAAAUAUGGAUUCUUAUCACUGGUCUGGAGUUACCUUUGUCCUAUGUUUGGCCGUCUCAGCUUUUGUGUAUUCCUUCUUUGCGUCGCAGAAACCGAUCCUCGAACCAAGAAAUGGCCCAUCUGGACAUUCAUGAUUCUACAAAUUAUCGUCAACGUUCUGGCAUCCACGCUACUCCUGUCAACUUGCGGAAUGCAUCUUGAAAGCAUAUUUUCGCUCGAUCUUGGCAUCUACUUCACAUACUGUCUGCCAGUAGAGGUUCAGACAAACUAUGCCUAUUUUGCUGGUGAGNCCAUGAUUGCAGCCAUUGUACGAACAGUUGCCGCGCAUAAACUUAACGAUGUUGGCGAUUAUACCUNNGUAAGUUGCAAGAACAGUUUCCGUCGACCUAUCCACCCGAUCCUAACGAGUGCUCCAGAUCAACUGACACCCUUCGUUACAUGGGUCUCGGUCGAACUCAACGUCGUGCUCACCGUCACAUCGCUACCCCUGUUACGACCCCUGGCCCAGGAGGCCCGCCAGAGAGCCAACAAACUCUUCUCUGUCACUCGAAAGGAAAAGGAGCCGUGGGAUGACACAAUCUCGCUGCGCAGCAUACAUACCUCAGGAGCAGAUGAAGAAGAAGCCAAGACAGGAGCUGGCGUAGGAGUGGUUGCUCUGGGUUCGCCAGCAAGCGAAGGAGGCUUUGUGGCUCAACAGGACAUGUCGAGUGUUGUUCGCACCGUCGAAGUGCAGAUCAGCUACGAGGCGAACGAGACGCCAAUGAUACACGCUUGCUUGGUUGGACUGGUCCAAGGUCAAGCGAUGGAACGUCUGGCUGGCCGAUGA